AUGUCCAAAGAAAAGUCAUUCCACGAAAAAGAAAUUACUCACGAGAAAAUUGACUUUAAUAGCUUGGAAGCCCAUCUCUCACUUUUAGAUAGAUGCUUGGUUGACGACGAGAUGGAAAUUUGGCAGACUGAUGAGAAAUGCCAAAAACUUGUAGGAAAAUAUAGAAAUCAAGUGAAAAAGACAAAAGACGAAUCGAUCAAAUGGGUAAAAUUGAUCUCAGACGCGUUAUCCAUUGGCGAACAAGAACAGAAGAAGGUCGCGCACAAAGAGGAUAUAAUGCAGAGUUUUCAGCGAAUCCACGCCAAAUUGAAUGAAUUGAAACAAAUGAUCAAUAGUCAUUUUGACCAGCAUGUUGUUGAUACACAAAUGAUACAAUUUCCUAUUGAAGCUAGUUUCCUUGUGCCGUUUUCAUUCGCAAAAAAUUCACGUAAUCAAGAAAACAAGAGCAACCAAGACGAAAGCGAACCAACAUCACCGAUUAAAGACGAUGAUGGUCAAGUAGAACUUGAUGAAAAAGCAUUUCGCAAAGUAUUGGCCAAUAGAAUUCGCUAUAAUAGAACAAAAAUCAAGGAAUUGGCGAAUCGGUGA